AUGUUAUUGGCGUGUCUCGGUUUGUGCGUUCUUCUCGCUGGCCCACACGCAAUUGAAGCGUUCUCGUUGAGAGAUUUCGUUCGUCCAGGCAGCAACAAGCGAGAUGCUGGAGAUAAAUCGCCGUGUCCCACGUGGCAUCCGUUCGAGUGUCCGAGUGGUGAGUGCGUGCCGAUCAAAUAUCUCUGUGACGGAUCGCCCGAUUGUUCUGAUGAGUACGACGAGAACAAGAGCAUGUGCACAGCCGCAACCCGACCUCCCGUUGAGGAAACGGCUCUCUUCUUGAAAACCCUUAUGCAUGCACAUGGAAAAGAUUUCCUUGUCAAGGUAUUCGGUGAGAAAGCCAGAAACGAGCUCGCCGGAAUGGGCGGCGUGGACAAAGUGGCCGUUUCGUUGAGUCAAUCACCAACAGCUGACGUGUUCGCGAAAGAGUUCGUCUUUAACCCACAAGAGGAGCAGGGAAUGAUCGGAGUCUUUGAGGGAAUCUUGAACGGAACACCCGAAGAGCUCACCGCUAACGAGGCGUCCGACUUUCGAUUUUUCGUCCAAAAACUCCAAGAAACCGGAUUUUUCAAU